AUGGGAACAUUUGGCCUAGUUGUUGUUGUUGUUUGUUGCGCCGACGGUCACGUUGCGGGCGGCUCAUCUGGUGGGCGAGAGGAGGCAACAGGAAGAGGAGGGGGUUUAGAGACGGAGGCUGAAGAGGAGUGGGGUUUUAGAGACGGAAGCGGAAGAGGAGGGGGUUUUAGAGACGGAGGCGGAGGGGGUUUUAGAGACGGAGGCGGAAAAGGAGGGGGUUUUAGAGGCGAAAGAGGAGGUGGAUUUAGAGACGGAGGCGGAAGAGGAGGGAGUUUUAGAGACGGAGACGGAAGAGGAGGGGGCUCGGAGGCGGAAGAGGAUGGGGAUUUAGAGACGGAGGCGGAAGAGGAGGGGGAUUUAGAUAAGGAGGCGGAAGAGGAGGGGGAUUCAGAGACGGAGGCGGAAGAGGAGAGGGUUUUAGAGACGGAGGCAGAAAAUGCCCCAACGGAGCUACUCCACAGCGGGGAAAUCUUCAGGGUCAUGAGACAAGAGACUGAGACGGGCCAGAGCGACGCGGGUCAGAGCGAGGCGGGUCAGAGCGAGGCGGGUCAGAGCGAGGCGGGUCAGAGCGAGGCGGGUCAGUGUAGGCGGGUCAGUGUAGGCGGGUCAGUGUAG